CACCGGCUGCAGCGGGGCCUGAGGGAGCAGGUGGAGCGGGCGGGAGCGGCGGGCCGGAGCGCGGGACUCGGGGAGACUGCAGUGACGCUGCCGGGAGACAUGGCGGCCGCGCGCCUCUGAAUAAGCAGGAUCCGGAGCCCCUCGCCGCCCUCGGCCGCCGCAGCCAGGCCAUGCCGCACCGCUGCUGACCGCACGCAGGGGCCUGCCCGGAGGACACAUGCCGCAGCAGCUGCCGCCUCGCCCCUGAUCGGCUCCCCGGCAUUCUCCAUGCUGCGUUUCUCGCCGGUUUUUCGGGCACUGUAGCCGCGGCUGCGGGAGGCGCAAUCAGGGCAGUGCUCUGCUUGUUCAUCCGGCCACACUUUUUUCCAUUUUCAUCCUUCCCUCCUCAGUUUUUUUCUCCCUUCCCUCGCCUGCUUUGCAUCCAUCUCUCUCACCCUGUGACCCUCCCCCCCCCUCCUGCCUCCAUCUACCGGGGCUAUGGCCGCGGAGGAGGUAUUGCAGACUGUGGACCAUUAUAAGACCGAGAUAGAGAGGUUGACCAAGGAGCUCACAGAGACGACCCACGAGAAGAUCCAGGCUGCCGAGUAUGGGCUGGUGGUACUAGAAGAGAAGCUGACCCUCAAACAGCAGUAUGACGAGCUGGAGGCUGAGUACGACAGCCUCAAACAGGAGCUGGAGCAGCUGAAAGAGGCAUUCGGGCAGUCCUUUUCCAUCCACCGGAAAGUUGCUGAGGAUGGAGAGACUCGGGAGGAAACGCUUCUGCAGGAGUCAGCCUCGAAGGAAGCUUACUAUCUGGGGAAGAUCUUGGAGAUGCAGAACGAGCUGAAGCAGAGCCGGGCUGUGGUCACUAACGUGCAGGCAGAAAAUGAGAGGCUCACAGCUGUCGUGCAGGAUCUGAAGGAGAACAAUGAGAUGGUGGAGCUACAGCGAAUACGGAUGAAGGAUGAAAUCCGAGAAUAUAAAUUCCGCGAGGCCCGCCUUCUUCAGGAUUAUACUGAACUAGAAGAGGAAAACAUCACCCUGCAGAAACUGGUGUCCACAUUAAAGCAGAACCAGGUUGAAUAUGAAGGCUUAAAGCAUGAGAUUAAGCGAUUUGAGGAGGAGACAGUACUGCUGAACAGCCAGCUGGAGGAUGCCAUCCGUUUGAAAGAGAUCGCUGAGCACCAACUGGAAGAAGCCCUUGAGACCUUAAAAAAUGAAAGGGAGCAGAAGAACAGCCUGCGGAAGGAGCUCUCCCAGUACAUCACCCUCAAUGAUAACCAUAUCAGCAUCUCAGUCGAUGGACUCAAGUUUGCUGAGGAUGGGAGUGAACCAAACAACGAUGACAAAAUGAACGGGCAUAUUCACGGGCCCCUUGUGAAACUGAAUGGAGACUAUCGGACUCCCACUUUAAGGAAAGGAGAGUCUCUGCACCCUGUUUCUGACUUAUUCAGUGAGCUGAACAUUUCAGAAAUACAGAAAUUGAAGCAGCAACUUAUGCAGGUAGAGCGGGAAAAGGCCAUUCUUCUGGCCAAUCUCCAGGAGUCACAGACACAGCUGGAACACACCAAGGGGGCGCUGACAGAGCAGCACGAACGGGUGCAUCGGCUCACAGAGCACGUUAAUGCCAUGAGGGGCCUGCAGAGCAGCAAGGAGCUCAAGGAACUGGAUGGGGAGAAGGGCCGGGACUCAGGGGAGGAGGCUCACGACUAUGAGGUGGACAUCAAUGGCUUAGAGAUCCUUGAGUGCAAAUACAGGGUAGCAGUAACUGAGGUGAUCGAUUUGAAAGCUGAAAUUAAGGCCUUAAAGGAGAAAUAUAAUAAAUCUGUAGAAAACUAUACCGAAGAGAAGGCCAAGUAUGAGAGUAAGAUUCAAACGUAUGAUGAGCAGGUUACAAGCCUUGAGAAGACCACCAAGGAGAGCGGAGAGAAGAUGGCUCACAUGGAGAAGGAGUUGCAAAAGAUGACCAGCAUAGCCAAUGAAAAUCACAAUACCCUUAAUACAGCCCAGGAUGAGUUGGUGACAUUUAGUGAAGAGCUAGCUCAGCUUUACCACCAUGUAUGUCUGUGUAAUAAUGAAACGCCUAACAGGGUCAUGCUGGACUAUUACAGGCAAAGUAGAGUCACCCGUAGUGGCAGCCUGAAAGGGCCCGAUGACCCCAGGGGACUUUUGUCUCCACGGUUAGCCAGGCGGGGUGUGUCAUCCCCAGUAGAAACAAGGACCUCACCUGAACCAGUUCCAAAGGAAAACCCAGAGGCCAGCAAAGAACCAAGCCCAACCAAGACCCCCACCAUCUCUCCUGUUAUUACUGCCCCACCAUCAUCUCCAGUGUUGGACACAAGUGACAUCCGCAAAGAGCCAAUGAAUAUCUACAACCUUAAUGCCAUAAUCCGGGACCAAAUCAAACAUCUGCAGAAAGCUGUGGACCGGUCCUUGCAACUGUCUCGUCAAAGAGCAGCGGCACGGGAGCUAGCCCCCAUGAUCGAUAAAGACAAGGAAGCCCUAAUGGAAGAGAUCCUCAAGCUCAAGUCCCUGCUGAGCACAAAACGGGAGCAGAUCGCCACACUGAGAGCAGUGCUGAAGGCCAACAAACAGACAGCUGAGGUGGCUUUAGCUAACCUCAAGAACAAAUAUGAAAAUGAAAAGGCAAUGGUGACGGAAACGAUGACGAAACUUAGAAAUGAACUGAAGGCUUUGAAAGAAGAUGCAGCAACUUUCUCAUCCCUGAGAGCAAUGUUUGCAACAAGAUGUGAUGAAUAUGUCACACAGUUGGAUGAGAUGCAGAGACAGUUAGCAGCUGCAGAGGAUGAGAAGAAGACUCUAAACACUUUGUUACGAAUGGCUAUCCAGCAAAAACUCGCCCUGACCCAGCGGCUGGAGGACUUAGAGUUUGACCAUGAGCAGUCCCGACGCAGCAAAGGCAAACUUGGGAAGAGCAAGAUCGGCAGCCCUAAAAUUGUCAGCAGCCUGCUGCCUCCGUACCGCCACAGUGCUCACAACUAGCCGGGAGGCAAGACUGUCCGACUGUCAGUCCUGACGUAGCUCUCCCCGAGGAGCAGCCACAUUCCAGCUCGCAGUGCGCCCCUCUCCACUGUCUCUCCAAGCCUCCUUACCCCUAGUCUUCACCUCCCGCGGACGAACACCUGGGGUGAACGUUUUGUAGCCACACACAGGAUACUGCCCAAGAUCCAGCGGUGUUUUCUUCUCCGUGGUUAGAUGUUUGAUGGGAUUAAUGGCCAUCAUUUUGGAAGAUGAGAGGAUGUUGAGAAGAAUAAUAACACAAAGCACAGACUCCGGUGUGAUAAAACAUUUUAUGGUUUCUCUAAGUCACAGAUAAACGUCUGCAAUCAAAUGGCUACAGUUCAGUUAAAUCAAAACACAUCAUAGCAGGAAAUAUGUAUCUCAGAUGGCUGGCUUUACCUCGAUAGCAUAAGAGAGACCUAAGGCAAUGUAAAAUACGUGUAUUGUAAUAUCAUCUUUCCUCAUACUUCAAAUUCAGCUAUAGAACUUGAUUCUAAUUUUUUGGUCAUUGAUAUUUAUUUUGUACUUUAUUUUCCACAUGAUUUAUGUCUAUAAAAAUCAUUUCUGAGAGGUGAACUUCAUUUAUUUUUAAAUAUUCAUAAUUUGCUCAGUUAAGUAUGAGUUUUAAUUUAGUUUAAAAUCUGGAAUUGGCCAGACUGUGGUCAUUUUUCUUGCACAAAACGAUAAGUGAGGUGCAUUGGAAUGUUAACAAUAACUGUAUUUUGCUGCUACACUGAUAUUGUUUAUGCACUUAUUUUCUAAUCAGUAGCUCAUUUAACUGCUGUUUUUUUUUUAACUAAUAUUCUUCACUGGACAUUGUUAAGUAAAUCUAAAAAAGAGACUGUGUUAUGAUUCAUUGACUUAUUCAACUUUUGAUGGCAUCUUUGAUUUUUUAAAUUGCAGUCAAGUGGACGCACUGGUGCUGCUCCUUUGUGUCUGUAUGUGUGUAUGUGAUGACUUAAAGAAGGCUAAAUAACAUGGAGGGGGAGAUGGUGGUUUUAUUUACUGACCAGAAUUUUUUUUUACUUCUCCCAAAUUCAGGGUCCUACUAUGAGUCUUUCCUGCUACAAGUUACCAAGUAUAAAUGGGAAAAUACAUACAUAUAUAGGUGUAAGUUAGCCUUGGUUAACUAAUUUACCCAGAAAGUGUUCAAAGUUUGAUUAAAAUUGUAUGUUUUGUUGUUAGGUUUUUUUUUUUCAUAAUGAAUCUUCCUUGCCAAAAAACAAUAGGUAAUAACCUUAGCUCAUGGUCUACUUUUGACAAACACUCAGGUGCCUACAAUCAUAUUAUAUUGAGAUAAUACAUGUUCCUAGUUAAUUUAUAGAUUCUGCUGGGUAACUUUUAUGACUUAAUUUAAGGCAGUGGAUUUUCAUAGCAAAAUUUAUUUUGCACAUAAUCUGACAAACAAGGAAAACAGCUAAUUGAGCUGAAAGGUCUAUCCUUCUUGGGCUCCUUAACUAUUGCGUGCUGCCCACACACCUUCUCCUAGUCCUGAUUCCUUGUCUAGUCAGGUAGCCUUAACUUGUUUAAAACCGUAAGGGUGUGAUCUUUUCAUGUAAUGAUUUCUGUAACUCCUCUUUAAAACAAAAACAAUCCUCUCUGCUAACACAAAGGAUAGUUAACAAUGCAGGGCUCUAACAAUGGCGAUCUAGUGGGAGCCACUCAGCUUAUGAGUGGAAGUGAGUGGAACACUAGUGGGGUGGGGCAUCAAAGACGGCAGCCCAUUGGUGAGUCAUAAAGCACAUAGCAGGCGGGAGCUCUGGUCAGUCACACACCUCUUAAGUAGCAGUCACUGUUAACCAAAGCAACCAAGAGAUUCUGAGUUCUUUAUAUGAAUGCUGUUUUCCACAGUGUCAUUUCUUAUGCAACUUGGAGUAGUUGGAAAUCUUCACCAAAAUAGGGAUUCAGGUUAAAGUACAGAAAAAGAAACAAAUCAUAAAGGCCUGAUCCCUGGCACCCUAACCUUUUGCUGCUUCCCUCCUGAAUUGCCUUGCUGUUGCUAAACAUUUUCUUCAUUUUAUUGGUGUGGUAAUGCCUGGUUACCAGUCUUACCGAGACAGUGUGGCUUUUACUAGAAUUCAGUUAAAGAAAGCUGCCCACCCCCAUCCCUGCUCUUUCUUUUUUUUUUUCUUUUUCAAGCAUCAUGUGUUUGGACCUGAGAAGUAGCAUAGCUGCUAAGUUGACUUUUAAUUUAAAAAACAAAAACAAAAACAAAAAAACUGUGCCUGAGGGAAAAUAUGCCUUUUUUGAAAGUACCUCAGAAGAUUUUCCUAUAUUGCCUCAUCAGUGUCAUUGGUGGUACAGGUGGUUCAGCAGUAAGUAUUGUCUGUGUGUAACUACUGGGCAUUUGUGCUCCCUUCCUCUGUAUUUGUGACCAGCUGAAGAGCCGGAUCAUAAACAAAACAUUUAUUUCUUCCAAUAAAAAGUUUAUCAUUAAGUCUAUCAUAUAUUACGUUUAUUUCAGCUCAUCAUAUUAAUAGAGUGGGAAAUGUUUGUUUUGAAAUAGUAAUUCUAUAAAAAAUGUUAAUUUUAGCAAAACUUUGCCAAAAAAAUAUAGAAACUUGGAAAUAAAUGUUUAAUUUUCAGCACAAAAUUAGAUAAUAGUCCCUAACCAGUAAGAGAAAAUUUGAUGUUUUUAUAUUGUGGCGUCAUUUAUUAUAAAAUGAGCCACAUCUGUAUUUACAUAUAGGCACUUAAAAUGAACAAAUAUGUGUAGCAUUGAUGAAAUCAGUAUCUGUAAGGAAACAUCAGAAUUCAAAAGGAAAUUGGAAAAUUGAAGAACUAGUGGAUAUAAAAAAAAGAAUGAAUCUCCGUAAGAAUAGUUGAAGACAGACUUAAGAAAAAACAACUAUAGAAAUAUAAUUAAAAUGCUGGCUAAUUGUUGCAAACACAGUAGACAAAGAUUACAGGUAACUAGCAAGAGUGACUAGCAAAGUAACCGGGUAGUUUUUUAAAAGCAAGCACAAGCACCAUACUGAAAAGAAUAGAAUAGAAGUGCUCUCCUACCGAGGAUUUUUCUUAGUUAAAAAAUUAAAAAGGAGCAAUAAGUUGCCUUUAGUCUGGAUACACAGGGACAUAUAGCACCCUCAGAUUAAUCUUUCCACAGCUCUUGAUUCAUUAGAUCCCUUCUUACCCAAUUCUGUUUCAAAGAAGAACUUGGAGGACACUGAGAAAACAGAACAUUAUUAAAUAAUUAAGACCUAUUUAUAAAGAUUGUACUUUAGCUUAAGGAAGCAGAGGGCCAAUAGUGAUCUUCAAGAAAAGAAAAUUUUAACAAAGCUGUAGACUUACUAAGACCAGUAUAAGAAAAAUAGCCUUUAAUGUGAAGGAUUUAUGUGAACUCUAGGAAAAAGAUUUUUGAUGGGGAAAUGAAUAAAGAACAGUGGAAAUUGAUCAUCAUAGGAAGAUUUGUUUUUUUAAGAAUUAUAUAUUAUUGGUUGCCUAGUAAGGAUUAAGUUAUGUGGCAAGAUACCCUAAUGAUAAUGCAUUAUAAUUCUUGGAUUCUAUAAAAUCCUAUGAUUCCUUUAUUUUAAACAUAAAAACCCAUUAAAGUUAUACUGGCUAGUCAUAAAAUAUUUUAUCCCUUAAAAAUAGGAUAGCAAUCUUAAUUUUUCCAAGAUGUUUGGUAAGAAACAUAAGAAGAUUGUUGGCAUUACUUUUCCUUCCAGCUCUGUUUCUUAAUAUCUUUAAAGUUGUCCAGAAUGUAGUAAUUUUACUAUCAAAACCUAGUUCGUCAGAGUCCAAAACAACAAACAUCCUCAGGAAUACUUCAGAAAUAGAAGGUAUGUAACCCCUCAGGAGGGCAAAUGCCUCUCAAAUUUUAUCUUUUCUUAAAAGGAUCUUCAGUCUACAAUAUUUGCUUUUUCAAUGCUUUAGAAAAUAUUCCUGUACAGAUAGUUUUUCUGUUUCAAACAAGCGUGAAAUGCCAGUCAAAUAAAUCAACUUUGAAUGUGGGCAUUUCCUGAUAGUCUGUAUUAAAUGAAAUCCUUACAAUUCUCAAGUGGAAAUUUAAAAAUAUGAAAAGGAAGAAAUUAAAUAUAUUUUCUACUGAGGUAAGAAUGGCAAAUUUAAUGUCUAAUUUGUUAUAAUCAAUCAGCCAGGAGACAUAAUAUGUGUCUCAGAAGGACACAUCAUGGGAAACUGAUGGAUUUCCAGCAAGAAACUGCUAGUUCAACCCAUGCAUGUCACAAAUGCAUUAAUAUCAUACAUGUAAAGCAGGACUAGAUUCAAAAGGAAUUCUUAGGAUAAAGUUCAAAAUUUUUAAAAAUUGCCCUUCAUGUUUUUUGUUUGUUCAUAAACCAGAGUGAUUUUAAAUAGUCCUUAUAUUUAAGAUUGCAAAAAAUUUAUAAGAAUAUGUUUUCAGUAAAGAGAACAUAAUUCUUCAAAAAGCUGUUAAAUUGGAGAUGUGGUAGCAUGAUCAGUGCUGAUAUUAACAAACGGUUUUUACUUUAAAAUCUAUUUCUGUGGACAUACAAAACCAAUCUAGCUCCAGAGUGACCUUUUCCAUUGUCUGUAAUAAUAUCCCCACAUGCGUUGGAUCCGUAAUUUAAUUCGUCUUUAUUUAAAGGCCAAGUCAACUGUUAGAGUUGUUGACAUAGAGCAUUUGUAUCUUGAUCCUAUUGUUUUAACAUCUGAAAGAUUUGUCUAGACAUCUUUUUUGUCCUUCUUAAAGAAUAACUUAAAAAGAGAUUUAGUAUUAAGAUAUGUUCCCCAAUCAAGGAUUUUCCAGGAAUAAUAUUCUACUUAUGAAGAAGAGCAGCAAUUAACUGCCUUUAGUAUAAGGGUGUGAGUGCAUAAGAUGUCAGUGGCAUAAAAGUAUGCCACGUAAAAUGUUUGCAUGAGGUAUUUCACAUCAUGUAAGCUAUCCUAUAUUCAUAAUAAGAACACUGUAGAAAGUCUUAUUUCUUUGUGAUCUCUCCAUUAGGAAUGUAAGGAGAUUGUUACCUAUAUCUGGUCUCCUUUCCGUAUUGAAAUGCAUGGUUCUAAUCCUCAGUGUAUUUUUAUCCCUUUCCUCUGGAGUUGAAAUAAAUUUGCCCUCUUUAGACUGAAGCCUGGAUAAACUGCUGAGCCAGAUUAUUUCAGUGAUUGAAGCUUAGUUGCUCUAGAACAUUGGUUGAGAAUACAUUUUUAUUUUAACUUUUUUUUUCCUUUCAGAAUUAUUCUCUGAUAAUUGCAGUUCUCUGAUGAAAAUUCUGAAAAGUAAAUCUACUGCUUUUCUUUUCAAAAAGUCAUUUUAGAACAAAGAUAUAGAAGAACUAUAAAGAGAAAUGUCAUCUUUUUUUGACAAAUCAUUGUUCAGUCAUCAUGGAGCUAUAGAAUGAAUCAUUUUGUUGUGUGGGUUCAAAGAUAUAAUUGUGCACCAAGUCUUAGAGGAAAUAAAUGAUUUUAAUGUUAUUGCCACAAAGAUUUUAGCUCAAUGGUUUGACUGUUAGAGUCAAUUAAACAACUCUUUGAAAACCUUUUAUGACAUUUUUGUAAUCUACUCUGUUUUUAUUUGCAUGAUCAUGCGUACGUGAUAAACCAUAUAUAGUUCUGACAUUGCAUUUUUUUCAGUAUUAACAUUUGUGUAAUGUGUGGCCCACCCUGAUCUGUACGCUGUAUGGUUACUGUUGUAAUGAUCUUGCUAUUCCUACAUUUAAUUGCAAUUUUAUUAUUAUGCCUUUUGGGGUUAAAUGAUAUGAAGUGUUUCCACCUAAUGAUAAUACCAUACGAAAACAUGACUAAAAGACCGACUUAAGAAAAUUUUUGUUGCUGAUUAUUUUUUAAAAUCCAAAUUUCAGAGGAAACUUGUUUUCAAAGAUAUAUGCAUUUAUUUUCAAUCCAAAAAAAUUCUUUGAUGAAUUUAUUUUUGCUUGUCCUUUUUAACUUUUUUGUUGUUGACAAUCCUAAGUAAAGGUCUAAUGGGAGAAUCCAUAUAAUAUGUGCUUGUAUUUGCAUAAUCUGAUCAUGCACUCAAUGGCUGGAAGAGACACUGCAGUGCUAAGAAAAUAACCAAGGCCAAUAUAUCAAUUCUUUCAUCUUGGUUUGUGUUAUCAACUAAAUAUGGUGUAAUGCGUAACUCUUUCCAGUAAAUAAACUGGUUAUCUUUUGUUCAUUUCA